AUGUCGUCAUCUAAUCAAUUCACCGUCGCGUCUCCGCCAACAGAUGCUAUCUCCGCCUUGAAGUUCUCACCCGAGGCCGAAUCGACGCGCAUCGUUGUAUCGUCUUGGGAUAAGAACGUGUACCUUUAUGACCUGCGAGAUGAGAAUGGCACAGUGGGAGAAGGAAAGCUUUUACAGAAAUUCGAGCACCGAGCGCCAGUGCUAGAUGUGUGCUUUGGCGAUAAUGAGAAUGAGAUUUAUACUGCUGGAUUGGAUUGGGAUGUACGCAAAAUUGAUAUGAAUACCGGCCAACAAACCGUGCUGAGUAGCCACGAAGCCGGCGUCCGCAGUGUUGUCUACAGCCCUGAGCAUUCAAUCGUCAUCUCUGGCUCUUGGGACUCAACACUGCAUGUGCACCGCACCGAUGGCGGCCCCGAUACCGAAUCCCAACCCGCCGUUGUCUCGCUUCCCUCGAAACCCUUCUCCAUUUCCCUCACAUCCACCAAGCUGGUUGUCGCUAUGGCAUCUCGCGCCCUGCAUAUCUACGACCUGAAGGCGUUAGCCCUUCUCACCGCACAGGCGGAUAGCGAAAGUACCAACGGUAACGGGUUGGAGAUCGAGCCAUGGCAACGACGUGAAAGCAGCUUGAAGUUCAUGACCCGUUGUGUUGCUUGUAUGCCCGGGGAUAUGGGAUAUGCUUCGUCCAGCAUUGAAGGACGUGUUGCGGUGGAGUGGUUCGACCCUUCGCCUGAAUCACAGGCGCGCAAGUACGCCUUCAAAUGCCAUCGUCAAACUAGCGAGGAUGGAUUUGAUGUUGUGUACCCGGUCAAUGCGCUCGCCUUCCACCCUGUUCAUGGAUCAUUUGCGUCGGGUGGUGGUGAUGGUGUUGUCGCACUGUGGGAUGGAAUUGCCAAGAGACGUAUUCGUCAAUACCAGAAGUAUCCUUCCAGCAUCGCAGCUGUUGGUUUUAGCAGCAACGGCAAGUAUCUGGCCGUUGGUGUGAGCCCUGGAUUUGAGGAUGGCAAGGACGAGGUCUCAGAAGGAGUAGUUAAGCUCUUUGUACGCGAGCUUGGUGAGACGGAGGCUAAGGGCAAGGGUGCUAAAUAG